UCUUCUGGCCCCGGGGCCUGGACUGGCCCGCCGCCCCCACCUGCAGCGCGGCGGAGCGCGGGCGCGUCACUCCCAGCGGAAGCGCCAGCCCCGCGUCUGGCGAGGUGCGCGCCUCGCCGCUCCCGCUCCAGCGCUUCGUGGCCCGCCUGUGUCUGCAGGGCAGGGGCGGGGGCCCGGCAGCACGGACGGACAGGGGACUGAGAUCGAAGUCACCGCUGAAUCGUCGACAGUCACGCAGCUCGGACGGCGCGUCCGAGCAGGAGCGGAUCAGGAAGGUGAAGGACCACUGCCGAUCCGACAGCGCGUCCCAGCACCUUGGACUUGCUCUCUCCAGAACUGGGGAAAAUCUGAGGAAACCGGACAGGGACCUUGGAGACACGCCGCCUGCAUACUCAACAGCCUGGAAAUCCAGUCACCUUGGUACCUCGCAGCUUCCCAGACACUUUGGAGGGGCAGGAGCUGACAGCUGGCUGACAGAAACCUCACCCAGCGAGAGAAGAGACAAAAACCAAGUAUGAAGUUGGGAAUCAUGUUUUCAGAGUAGACCUUCGAGUUGGGACCCACACUGCCAUUGUAAUUCCUGCACCCCACAUCUCAGGUAUUGAUUUCUGACUUUUGAAGAUGGAUGAAGGCUCGGAAGUUUCAACGGAUGGAAAUUCCUUGAUCAAAGCAGUGCACCAGAGCCGACUUCGCCUCACUAGACUUUUGCUGGAAGGGGGCGCCUACAUCAAUGAGAGCAACGAUCGUGGGGAAACCCCUUUAAUGAUUGCUUGUAAGACCAAACAUGUGGACCAGCAGAGCGUAGGUAGAGCCAAGAUGGUUAAAUACCUUCUCGAGAACAGCGCCGACCCCAACAUCCAGGACAAAUCCGGGAAAAGCGCCCUGAUGCACGCGUGCUUGGAACGCGCCGGCCCGGAGGUGGUCUCCUUGCUCCUCAAGAGUGGGGCGGAUCUCAGCUUGCAGGACCAUUCUGGUUACUCAGCUCUGGUUUAUGCUAUAAAUGCGGAAGACAGAGACACCCUGAAAGUCCUCCUUAGUGCUUGCCAGGCAAAGGGGAAAGAGGUCAUCAUCAUAACCACAGCGAAGUCGCCCUCAGGGAGACACACCACCCAGCAGUACCUAAACAUGCCUCCUGCAGACAUGGAUGGGAGCCACCCGCCGGCCACGCCAUCGGAAAUUGACAUCAAAACAGCCUCAUUGCCACUUUCGUAUUCUUCUGAGACGGACCUGACGCUUUUUGGCUUCAAGGAUAGGGAGUUGUCUGGGAGCAGUGAUAAUACCUGGGACCCAGACUCUCCUCGGAGGAGGCCUGGGAUGGCCACCAAUGGGCCCAAGUUAUCCCAGGCUCCAGCCUGGAUCAAGAGUACCCCAUCAUUAAAGCACCAGGCCAGAGUAGCCUCCUUGCAAGAGGAGCUCCAAGACAUCAGUCCAGAGGAAGAAGUAGCCUACAAAACCAACGCGCUGGCGCUUUCUAAGCGUUUCAUCACCAGGCACCAGAGCAUCGAUGUAAAAGACACUGUGCACUUGCUCAGGGCCUUUGACCAGGUCAACUCAAGGAAAAUGUCCUAUGAUGAAAUAAAUUACCAUUCUUUGUUUCCAGAAGGGAACCAGUCAUGCGUGGAAACUCCCACUGACCAGGACCCAGACUCUAGUCAGAUUUUUGCCUCCACUCUAAAGAAUAUAGUUCAAAAGCGAAACUCGGGGGCCAAUCACUACAGCUCGGAUUCGCAACUCGCUGAGGGUAUCACUCCUCCAACCUCAGAAGAUGGCAAAGCUUCAAAGAAAAAGAUCUUCGCGCCAUCUCCUUCCUUGCUAUCAGGGUCCAAAGAAUUAGUGGAGACUGCCCCUCCUGGGCCCCUGAGCAGGAGGAAUCACGCGGUUUUGGAAAGGCGGGGCUCCGGGGCUUUCCCCAUAGAUCACAGUCUGGCGCAGAGCAGACCUGGGUUUCUGCCACCCUUGAAUGUGAAUCCUCACCCUCCCAUUACAGACAUUGGCGUCAACAACAAGAUCUGCGGCCUGCUUUCUUGUGGCCAAAAAGUGCUUAUGCCGACAGCCCCUAUUUUCCCAAAAGAAUUUAAAACCAAAAAGAUGCUGUUACGGAGGCAGUCCCUGCAGACAGAACAAAUUAAGCAAUUAGUAAAUUUUUAAGAGACCAUUAGGAGACACACUAUGUUCAAAUGUCUGUAUCAGAAAAACAUAGACUUAGAGAAGAAAUUUUAACUAUAUCCUUUUAAGUUUUAGCCAGUGCAUCGCAGCUAGGCAAAUCAAAAUAUAGUGUAUUUUGUAUUAGGUACUGUGAGCACACCUUAAUAUAUAGUUUCUGAGGGAAUUCUAGCAAAACGAAAGCUGUUUUACUCAAAAUGUCCAAUAUUUAUCAACUUAAAUGCGGUCCACAUUGUUCAUCUAAACAAAACACCACUAAGAAAGAAAAUUGCCUACGUUAGAAACAAUUUUUUAACAUUUCAGAUUGGCUUCAUGUUCUUUUAUGAAACAAUGCUCUCAAGUCAGUAAUUUUGUGGUCACUUUAUGCUAACCAAGUUGUAGCUUUUCAUGUUGUCAAAAUCAUCAAAGAAAACACUGACAUCAGUAAAGCUAAACUACAAAGGAAGAAUAAAUGGCUCCUUUAAAAAUGUUGACUCAGGCAGGUAAAAGUCUAAUUAAAACCUUUUAAAGCAUGAAAACUAGAUAGACAGAGCAAGUGAGGUUCUCAGGGGCUGCUAAUUCUGCAUCAGAAUGGCAGGUGUGGGGGCAGAGGAGAUGGCUCUUUGGCCCCGCAAGCCUGAUGGCCUGAGUUUGGAUUCCCAGAAAGCUUGUGACACCUAGACAGAGUAGAGCAAGUAUCUGUAAUCCCAGCAUUCCCUGCGGGGGAGAUGGGCGGAGCCAGAAGAAUCCCCGGAAACACAGGGUUCAGAUAGUCUGUCUACACUGAAGAAAAGUAACCCUGGCUCAAACAAGGGAACCAGGAUGACUGGUACCAAAGACUGUCCUCUGACAGGCCGACUCCCCAUCCUCCAAACUGUCAGGGCAAGGCAGCAAACCACAUCCUAUUUUUUUGCACCGUGCAUUGCUUUCAAACAAACUUACCAAUCACGUUAUCCUGUGGAAUUAUUUCUCCUGUUAUUUUUGAGUAUUUUACCCAUAGGUUUCCAAUAUCAAGAUAAUAUAAAAAUUAAAAAGGAUUCACCCUGACAUACAUUAUUCUUGUCUUCCCAAAAGAAACGCCAAAACAGAACAGGGGGAACAAGAAGUUUGGGAUUGCACACAGGUGAGAAGUAAAUGCUUGCUUCAUCUU